UUAGAGAAUAAGUGAUGAAGUAAUUUUCAACUGGAAUUCGACAUGUUUUUGUUUUGUUUUUUCCUGGUUUCUAAAACAACACCUGCCCAUGUGUGCUUUACAGCUCCCUCUUCACACACUAGCUCCUCCAUAAAAACAUCCUGGUGGUCUACUGUAUCUGCUUAUUGUUUGCACUUUCUUUUUUUUUUGUGGGUCCAUGGUGUUUUAGAGCCUCUUGAAUGGGCAGAAACCGCGGACUGUUUGGACCAUGAACUGGGCCUGUUCCUGUUAGAAGAGGUGAGACUUUUAGCUCUAUGGGGAAAGUGAGCAUAGAGACCCGGCUGCAGGUGGUGAGCCUCAGCCAGCAGGGACUUUCUCAGGCUAAGAUCGCUCGGCAGACCGGGGUCUCCAAGAGCGCCAUCCAAGCUCUGCUGCAGAAGCACCGGAAGACGGGCACCGUGGAGGACCAGAAGCGCAGCGGCCGACCGCGCAAGCUGAGCGGAGCCGACGAGCGGCACAUAAAGCUCAUCUGCCUGCAGAACAAGAAGAUGUCCAGCAGCGACAUCACCUCCGAGCUGGCGGUGACGAGCGGGACCCUGGUGGACCCGUCCACCGUCAGGAGGAGCCUGGCCAGGAGUGGCCUGAGCAGGAGGCGAGGAGACAGAAGUAAAACCUGCCUGAGUGAUGGCAGAGAGGAUGAUGAUGAUGAUGAGGAGGAGGAGGAGGAGGAGGAGGAGGAGGAGGAGGACCACAAAGAAGACGGUGACAGCCUGAAGAAGGAGUUCUCUGCUAAGGAUUCAGGAGCAGAAAUAACAGACUCUGAUAAGAGCAUCAAGAAGGAGAGUCUGGACGCUUCAAGCUCAAGUGAAGAAGCUUAGCAGCCAUUUUUGUAGGCUUUAUCAGGCAAUAUUUGCUAAAUAAAUCAAUUAUCAGCUGGUUAUUGCAGCGGAUGAUGUAUGACGGCGUAUUAGGGUCAUUGUAGAAAAAGUAAGUAACUUUCCGCAAAGAAACUCAGAAAUUUGCUAGAAGGAAACUUGUUUGAGAAUUCGAAAAUGUGCAAGUACCAUCUCAAAUUUUGAAAUAAAUCUCAGGAAUCUUUUUUUGGGGGGAAAAGAUGGAAUUGUUUGAAAAGUCUAAAGAAUUAAGACUUUUGAAAAAAAAAAUCUAUAAAAGUUCUAAGAGUAAUCUACAAAUUUCUAGCAAAUGUUCAACUUUUCAUACUCAAGAGAUUUCCAGGUUUCCUUCUAACAAUUUUCUAAAAUUAAUCUUCUGAGCUUACUUUUUUUUCUAUCUACUAUGGGCCUAUUAUGCCGUCAUAAACGAUGGGACCAGUCUGGACUUAAAGGCUCACAAAAUGAUAAACUGUUGGAAGAGAAACCCAAACAUGGGCCAGAUUUCUGGACUGCAUAACGAAGAGUUAUCCUACCGACAUACUUUCCACCUGAGCUGUGAUCUCUGGAGGUUCUCCAGGCUUUUUAUUUUCCACUUCGUCUUCUGCUGCUUCUCUGAUUUGUGAUCUCGUUAUCCAGGCAGUUUAAGUGGACGGCUGUGUAUUGGUAUUAUCCGUGCUCUAUCCAUUUUCAAUUGAGGGACUCUAAAGUUUUCUGAGAUGUCUGACACUUGGAAUAUUGAUUACAAGCCAUCCCGCCUAUAAACUUUUCCAGAACUUUCUCCUGACCUCUCUAAGGUGUUUUUCAGUAUUCAUGAUGUGAGAUUAGAUUGCGUUUGACACAUUAGAUUUACUAAUUAGGUAUCCUCCGGAGGCACUGGAUGUAUCUGAGUGAAAAAUGAUGAAAACAAAAGCAUGGAUCCCUUCUAAACACCCCAAGACGGAGGUGAGAUUUGUCGCUGUGAAGAGACAAAUAUUGAAAAGAUCAAGAGGGAUGAACAUUCCUGAAAGCCACUGUGCUGUAGAUUCAGUGAGCUGUUGUUUUUUUUUGUUUUUUUUGUAAUGUCUUUCAUCAAACUUUGGCAGCACAAAGCAGCACUGUGGAGUCUGUCUGUCCAAAACUAGCUCAGUAGAGUGAAGUUUCCCUGUUUAACCUUUAGGAGGUUUUGGUUGUUAAUCAGUAGCACCUUCCAUAGAAUCAGACGAUGUCUUGCUGGGAUCAUCUUUGCUGCAGGCACAUUGUAAUUGAUAGUAAUGAAGCCUAAUAAGAACAAGCAUCACUUAAGCGUGCAAACAUCUCAUGCUUACAAGGAGCAGCCCAUGUGCCGUAACAUGUCCAGCUGACAUCCAUGCUUAAUGAGCGUAGUGUGCAUGGCUGCCACAGCUGUUCUCCACACUUGCUGUCUUGCUCAGUGUACAUCACAGCCUGGAUCUGCUUUGUUCUUACGCUGCCUGGUCAGGAUAAAAGCCACCACCAAACAAAAAAGGUCACAGACGCUAAUAUUUUGUUAGACUGUCACACAUUCGCUUCUGCAACGUCUCAAGAUUCAUUCAACUCUUUCACAGUUUUAUCCUGAUGAGUCUUGACAUUACGCCUGUGCCAUCAAGGACGAAAACAUCCACUGAUCUAAUGACCUGGUAAUCCACUUUACUCAGCUGGCCACAAUCUUUUGGCAGGCAUCAAGAUGAACAGAAAUAAGGGUUUAAAAUAUUAAACUAUCUACGUAUUGAAGGUAAACAACGCCUGAGUUUCAUUUUUGGAAUUGAAUUCUUGUCAUAAAUUAAUUCCUCAAUGAUAUCCUAACUAUUUAAUAUAUGUGUGGUGGUAUAACUGCAUACAUUACUAUCAGAAACCUGACAAAAAGACAUCAAUGUCAUAAUCAAUACAGCCGGUCCUUUUGGACCAAAUUCUAGCUCAAGUAAAAAGCAAUAAUUUAGGAGGUGCUGUUCCUCCUGGAUAUGAAAAGAAGACUCAGCAGCUGCUGCAGACACAAAGCAAAAGGAAAAAAAAAAAAGUUGUGUUGGUGAAAUGUCAUAUAAUGCAUCUG